AAAACCUUUCUCCAUAACCCAACCCGGAAUGAGUAGAACAUGUGUCCAGACCAUAUUACAUUGUUUACACUGGUGGAACAUGUGUCUUCCUUGGUUUAGUAUAUGCUCCUGGUAAGAGAAAAAGAACUGAAUACAUUGAAGACCAAUUAAAGUUGUUGCAGGUGGCACAAUGACCAAAUUAACUGAAGUCACCAAACCCAAAAAGAACAUCGGAAAGAAGAAAAAAAUCAAGAAUGCUGGAGAUACUGCCAUUAAAACAAAUGGGAUUAAAAAGAAAUUGAAAAAAAAGAAGCUCUCAGGUACACUUGACGGAUGUGAGAAUGGAAAUAUACAGAAGAAAAAGCUGCAAAAAUUGAAGACAAAGAAAAAUGAGGAUGAUGCUGAGGCUUUGGACCAGCAGGAAGAUCAGGUUAUGGAUUUUGACGAGGAGGAAGAGUGCACAGAGAAUGCCGUUGAAGAGGAGGAAGUAGAAGAGAAUAAUUUGGAGGAAGAUGAGGAUUCAGAUGAGCAGUCAAAAGAAGAGGAGAAAAAAAAAGAGGAGGGACCCUUCCAAAUGGGAAAACGGCUUUUUGAAGACCUAGAAGACUUGUCAGACAUGAUGAAAGAGAAACUGAAGGAAAAAGGUUUGAAGACCUUGACCAAGUUGCAGGAGAAGAUCAUCCCAAAGAUCCUGAAUGGGGAAGAUGUGCAUGGGAUUAGCCUGAGUCGGACGGGGAAGACCCUGGCUUUCGUCAUCCCCGUUGUUGAAAUGAUGAAUAGGAUUGCGGAUGCAGAGACUGGUGUUGGAGCCAUAGUUGUAUCACCUAGUGAGGAACAAGCAUUAGAAACACACAAGGUUUUCCAUUCCUUUGUAUGUGACCUUCGCAUCCGAGCAAGGUUGAUGACGUCAGGAGGAAGGAUGGGUAUCCCAUAUAAUCAUUAUGCUUUGAACAUCAUAGUGGGUACACCUGAACAGCUGCUGGAAGUCCUCCCUUUCAGACAGUUCAAAAUGCACUUUUUAGUCCUGGAUGACCCAGACUCCAUACCUGGUAUGGGGGCUACAAGGAUGCUGAAGCAGGUCUUGAAUGUGAUACCAGAACCCAAGCAAACCUUGCUGUUCAGCUCAUCCAGCAGUGCCACCUUGAAUUCCAUUGCAAACUUUACACUAAAAGCCAAUCCUGUGGAAAAUAUCCCUAGUGAUUGGCAGAUGAUGGAACAGGAUGAAUCCGGGCAACAGCAGCAAGCACUGACAAAGCCAGAACAAGUGCCAAAUAGCCUUGAGCAAGUGUACAUUGUGUGUCCGACAGACAAAAAGUUUCAAGUAUUGUUCUCCAUCACUUUGAAGAACAGAAGAAGGAAGGUCAUGGUUUUCAUGAGAGAUGACAAAGAAGUUGAAUUUUAUGGCUAUCUGUUCUUCAAGCUUGGGCUGCCAGUUCUCUAUUUACGUGAAUCACAAGAUGAAUAUAAACAAAAGAAAAGUAUAUUUAUGUUCAAGAAUACCAAAUUUGGUAUCAUGCUGUGCACAACUGAUAUCGUCAAGGGACACUGCUUUUCCAGAGUGGAUUUAGUCAUACAGUAUGACCCUCCCAACACCAUCAGUGAGUACUGUGAGCGCAUUGGCAGAGUUAGCCGAGCACCGGAUAGCUCAGCCUUAAUGUUGAUGAUGAAGGAGGAGAAGAAGUUUGUUAAAAACCUCAAAAAGCAAAACAUAAAGGUGAACAAAAUCAAGGUGACUUGCCUCGCUGUUGAAGAUAUUCAGCAAAAGAUUAUUCAGUUGAUGAAAGAGAAUGAAGUGUUGCAGGAAAAGGCAAUGGAUGCAGUGCCUGAUUAUAUUAAGUCAUCGGAAGAAUUUCUUGCUAACACCCUAAAAAAUCCACAAAAAUUAGACAGAGCCAAGGUCUUUAUGAGCUUCGGUUUGAAGGCCACUAUGCGUGCACAAUUACUGAAAAAGAAAAGAGAAGAAGAGGAAGAAAAAGCCAGAGAGGAACAUGAUGAAAGAUCAGAUGAUAGGCACGAUGGUCAGUCAGGAGUUGAUGGGAGAGGUGGUAGGGGAGGAGGAAAAACAAAUUUUGAUAGAGGGGGUGGGAAGGGAAUUAGACGAUUCGACUAUGGCGAAGAAGGUGUCAAGGCAAUUAGACGAUUUGACUAUGGCAAAAGGGGUGGUAAUGAUGGUGGACGACCAGAAUUUCGCAGAGGGGGUGGUAGUAGAGGUGGACGACCAGGCUUUGGCAGUAGGGGUGGUAGAGGAGGUGGACGACCAGACUUCAGGAGUAAGGGCGGUCGGGGAGCCAGAAGACCAGAUUCUGGGAAGGGGGGCAGUAGAGGAGGUGGUAGGGGAGGAAAGCAACCAUCAUUUGGUGACAAGUGGUAG